GGAAGACACUUCCGGCUCCGGCCGAGGCGCAAGGGGGAAGAAAGGCGGGGGGAGGGGGAGAGUGUGGCGGCUCUCCCCCCCUUCUCCGCGAGGCUCCCGGGCGGUGGCCAUGGAGUUCCCUGGAGGAAAUGAGAAUUACCUGGCUAUCAGUGGGACAACCCACCCCUUCCUGUCAGGGGCUGAGACCUUCCAUACGCCGAGCCUUGGGGAUGAAGAGUUCGAGAUCCCACCCAUCGCGCUGGACGCUGACCCCUCCCUGGCUGUUUCCGACGUGGUGGGCCACUUUGAGGACCUGGGCGACCCCGUGACUGCCCAGGACACCAGCUUCUCUGCCCAGUAUGGAGUGCAGGCACUUGACAUCCCCGUGGGCAUCAGCCACGGCCUCAUGGAACAAGGAGGCGGGCUCCUGAGCAGCGGGCUAGCUAUGGACUUGGAUCAUCCCAUGGGUACGCAGUACAAUGCAAACCCACCAGUCACCAUUGAUGUGCCAAUGACGGACUUAAUGGGGCACACCCAGCUGACUACCAUCGACCAGUCAGAGCUCAGCUCUCAGCUGGGGCUUAGCCUGGGAGGCGGGGCCAUUCUUCCCCCAGCUGCUCAGUCGCCAGAAGAGCGGCUGUCACCUGCCCCUUCGCCCACCAGUUCCAUGCAGGAGGAAGAGCCAGAAGAGAUUAGGCGGCAAGUCUCCACUGCGAAACCUGUGCCGGUAGCUUCGGCAGCCUUGACGCCAGUCACGGUGCCUACGGUGGUACUGGAUGUUGGGAAGAAGCAGAAACCGACCAAGAAACAGAAGAAGAAGAAAGACCCUAAUGAGCCCCAGAAGCCUGUCUCAGCCUAUGCUUUGUUCUUCCGGGACACACAGGCGGCAAUCAAGGGGCAGAACCCCAGCGCCACCUUUGGGGAGGUCUCCAAGAUCGUAGCCUCCAUGUGGGACAGCUUGGGAGAAGAGCAGAAGCAAGUUUACAAACGGAAGACAGAGGCAGCGAAAAAGGAGUAUCUACAAGCGCUGGCAGCCUAUCGAGACAACCAAGAGUGUCAGACGAUAGUGGAAACAGUGGAAUUGGACCCAGUCUCAUCGCUAACCCAGCCGCCAGCUCCCGAUGCAGCACCUGCUCCCUCUCCGGCUCCUACGCCACCCACCCCUCCAACGCUCGAGAGCCCCCCUCCAGCUGUCAUCCCAACCCAGCCCACUGUGGUGGUGACCUCGGCGACGGGCCCCCAGGCGGCAGGCCAGACAAGUAUCACAAAGAUCAUCAUCCCCAAGCAGAUGCUGCCCCCCUCAUUGGCGGUGUCGUCGCAAGGGGGUGUGGUGACGGUUAUCCCCGCAGCCGUGAUGACUUCUCGGGGAAUCCAGCUGAGCCAGCUGCAGGCUGGGACGGGGACCACUCAGAUUGUCACCCGCUCAGUUCUGGCAGCAGCUGCCGCCGCCGCUUCCUCCAUGCACCUGCCGCGGCUCCACCCGCCACCUCUUCAACAAAUGCCUCAGCAGCCUCCAGCCCAGCCGGUCACAAUUCUCCAGCAGCCACCCCCUCUUCAGGCCAUGCAGCAGCCCCCCCUGCAGCAAAAGGUGCGCCUGAACCUUCAGCAGCCACCGCCCCCACUGCAGAUCAAAAUCUUGCCCCCGCCCGCCCUGCAGAUCCAGCCCCUUGCCCUGCGGACGGAAGAAAGCAGCCCCGAGAGACCCGGCCCUGAGCUCCGGGCUUCCCCGGAACCUGUCGAGAUGAUCACAGCAGAUGUCGUGCCAGAGGUGGAGUCCCCGAUGCACGUGGAGCUGGUGUCUGAAUCGCCAGUGGCCUUGUCCCCCCGCCCUCGCUGUGUCCGUGCCGGUUGUGAUAACCCACCAGUAGCAAACAGCGACUGGGACAACGAAUACUGCAGCAGCGAGUGUGUGGUGAAGCACUGCAGGGAUGUAUUUCUAGCUUGGCUGGCCUCCCGCAGUUCAAACAACGUUGUCUUUGUCAAAUAACCCCACUGGUCUUUCAUGGUGGGGGAGAGAAACUAUAGUUUGUGUUCCCCUGUGUCCAUGUCUUUUAUCCAAGGACAAAAAAAAAUUUACCGCCAUGCCACUGGGGGAAAAUGGAGUCCGCUUGUACAUUGGUUGGAGACCAUUGAUGACAGAGAAGACCACCCUUUAUUGGGGGAGGGGGGAGGAAGUGAUUUGGGUGCUGGGUUUUUUUUUUUUCUAAACUCUGUCCCUUGGUAUGUUUCUCUUGAUGGAGCUGAUUAAAGCUGGAACGGGAAUGUUGGUUGGG